AUGCCCAAGCAAUAUACCCUUCUCGGACGCUCCCUACCCCGCCUCAGCGCCCGUCGCCUUUCCUUCCUCCUCGUCUGCUUUUCCAUCUUUGCCGUUCUGUCCCUCCUCAUCAGCCUGCCGAACGCCCUGUCGCCCGAUUCGCAGCUCACCAGAUACACUGGGCACAUCCCAAAGAUUCCCACGAUCAAGAACCCAUUCGCCCAGAGCGUCCUCAACCCCUUCAAGCAGCCCUCCCACCCGCCGCCGCGCCAGAAGAACGAUACCUACGAUGAGAGCUCCUGGUGGGCCGACUGGAAGUGGCUCUCCGUGCCCUUCUCCUCCUCCUUGACCCUCGACGAAGACCGCUCGCUGCUGCCUCCCUUGAAAGAGCGGCCCCCUAUCUACUGCUACUACGAUGCGACCAUCAAGAAGGAUGAUGCCGUCAAGGACGCCGAGAGCGAUCUGUUGCUCACCUGGAGGAGGGCAUGGUGGGCGCAGGGUUUCAGGCCCGUCAUCCUGAGCGCUGCCGAGGCCAUGCAGAACCCUCUGUUCCCCGACGUCCAGCGCGCCACCUUGGACCCCGCCUUCAGGGCAGACUUGAUGCGCUGGCUGGCCUGGGAGAACAUGGGCGGCGGCCUGCUGACAUACUACACAACGCUGCCCAUGGGCUCGCGCGAGGACCCUCUGCUGGCCUCGUUUCGCCGCGCCGAGUACCCCAAGCUGACGCGCUGGGAGAAGCUCGGCAGCGGACUGCUCGCCGGGCCGCAGACCGAGGUGGCCGCCGUUAUCAAGGAGAUCCUGGCCAGUGACAAGGCCGCCGAAGCCAAGGACCUGCUUGCUAAUGUGUCCAAGAACACCUUCAUCAUCGACAAGAAGCCUGCAGCCAUCGCAUGGUACGACGCCAACACCGUUGAGGGCAAGUUCGCCAAGGUCGCCACGGCCAUUGUGGAGGAUCCGGCCAAGGGGCUCAGGAGCCUCAACCAGCUCAUCAACAGCCACCUCCACACGACGUGGCAGAACACGUUCACAAGCGGCAUUGCCGUCCUCAAACCCCUGCCCCACCACUCUACCUACAUGGUUACCGACGCCUGGGACCUCGCCGAGGACCUCUCCCAGUGCUCUCCCUCGCCCAUGGUGGCCUCCUGUCCACCGAACAACCCAAACUGCUCGCCAUGCGUCUCGACGACGCCCAUGCACAUUGGCACCCCGGCCCGCUACCGCAACUCCUCGACCCUCUACACGAUCGGCACCGUGCCCCACCCCUACACAACGGCCGUCAUGACCCAGAUGAGCACAUCGAUCACCGUCCGCUGGAUCCGCCGCGAGUCGCCCCGCGACCCCUGGCUCGCCGCGGCCACCAUU